AAUAAAGUUGAAAGACUCAUAGUUAUAACUUUCUAAAACUCUUAAUUGCUCCAUGUUGUCUAAUACUUUCACUAAGCCCACCCUGAAUAGGAAGUGGAUCUUACCACUGCUUGCUAUGUUCUGCAAUCUUGUCUUUGUAGGUGAAGACUUUGACGGCAGAACUAGCUCUCAGAAUGAAUGAGAAGGAGCAGUUGGUAAUCGAAAACAAGAGACUACAGGCAACUCUACAAGAAGUAAUGCUGGACAACUCCUACCACAAAAAGAGAGUGAGUGACUUCUGGCAAACCAUUUUCAGCCUGAGAAUGGAGAACGACCAUCUUCGGCGAUCGUUGAUUGGCUUCACUGAGAAGGAGGUUGUAAAUAAACUGCCAGUAAUGGAGAAGAAGAAGGACAGUAUUACCAUCCUGGCCCUCAACUUGAAGAGCGAUCUGGAGGUGAUGAAAACUGUGGCAGCCAAGGGACUCGCUGGUCUCCCUCUUGUCCAGACUGCUAACAUCCUAAAACUUCAAAUGUACUAUGAACAAGCCAGUGAUGAACUUUACUGCGUGUUGACUGAUAUUAAGUAUUACUUCUCUGAAUGGUACAAGGAGAGUAAAGAUUACUACAUCUGUAUCUCCAAGUUCACCACAAAUCUGUUGGACGAGAACUUGAAGCAACUAAAAUUGCUGAUUGAGAUUCAAACUCUGAAAAAAGCCGAACGCUACCGGGCUGAAUUCAAGCAGCUUGACAUCCCGGCCCUGAGACGGAAGUUGGAUCUCUUCCUGGAGAUUAUUUCACAAGAUCUAUCCAAUCUGGAGGAAGAGCUCCUUGAAAUAGAAGCCAAGGCUCGACAACUGGAAAGUAGUGCUAAAGAAGCAAAGCAGUACGUGGAAAAGUGCUCCAUGUCAUUCUACAUCGAGGACUUUGAAAAGGGACUUAACAAUGACAUCAAAAGGCUCCGUUAUACUUUAGAGCUCCUCAAGCCAAAACUGAAGGUUCUUGCCAGUGCCAGACAGGAGGUGGUAGGCAAACACAUCUCCUACUUCAAUGAAGCCGAGGCGGUAAUGAAGUCCUGUCAGGAGAGAUCAGAACGAUGGCGGAGGGAACUGAAGGCGCUCGAAGCGGAAAUGGAAGCUACAGCCCAACACGAGCUGGAAGAAGCCAAGAAGUUUGGAGAGAACUUAAGCAUAAUAGAAAAAGAGAUGACGGCCCAGCUGAAUGAAGCAGCUAAACGUGAGAAGGAAGAAAUCAAAGGUCUCAUGUCGAAACUUGCAAAAACCAGCCUGUCAUAAGAGGAGGCAUCAAAAACAGAACUGGAAGAUAAUGAAGGUGGUCCUACUCCACAAAGAACUGGCUUAGCCGAUUAUAUAUUUUUCUACAAAUAAAUACUUUUUUCUAUUUUAGAUGCAGGUUAAGCCCCUUAUAAUA